UCUUUAAAUUCAAUUAUUAUAUUAUUAAAUUAAAUAAAAACAUAAACAUAUAUAUAUAUUUUUUCUCUAUAAUCAAAAGCUUCACCGGCGCCGGAAAAAAGCUUUUAAUUCGUCGAUAUCUCACUCAGAUCACUCUGUUUCUCAUCAGGAUCCGAGCCUGCAUUACGUCUUAAGUCCUGUGAUAUUGCAUCUCUUUUUGUCUCUUCAAUCUAUCUAUCAUGGCUGCAAGUGGUUCUCUGCUGUUUUCUCGGGAAUCGGGGAUCAUUAGAAGCUCUGUAUAUAGCAGCCAACAUAAGGGAAGGAAAUACAAGGGACAAACUCAUUUCUUUCCUGCCACUCUUUCAUUUCAUUCCACGUUAAAAGAACUUUCGAGUGUAGAUCUUCUGACCAUACAAGAGCCACUAAAACCGAUGUCAGCUAGGUGUAACAUUUUUGUUUGUCGAGCUCUUUUCUCACCAAAUGGAGGAAACCAGAUUCCUAUAUUAAAAACAGCCGCUACAGUACUGGCAAGGUCAUAUGAAGCUUUUCAUGGCCGGUCUCUUGUAGUGCAAUUGAUUCCAGCUGUUGGAAUUAUCGCUUUUGCUGCAUGGGGUCUUGGACCUUUAAUGCGUUUUGGCAGGGUCCUUUUUCUGCAGAAAAAUGAUAAUAGUUGGAGCAAGAGUAAAGAACACCAGGUGAUGACAUCUUAUAUUCAACCUUUGUUGUUAUGGGGCGGUGCUGUACUUAUAUGCAGAGUACUGGAACCAGUUAUCCUACCUUCUGCACCAAGCCAAGCUGUCAAACAGCGGCUUCUGAAUUUUGUGCGCUCAUUAUCUACAGUAUUGGCAUUUGCGUACUGCUUAUCAAGCUUGAUACAACAAACACAAAAAUUCUUUGUGGAGAAAAAGGAUCCUAGCGAUGCAAGAACUAUGGGUUAUGAAUUUGCUGGGAAGGCUGUUUAUUCUGCAGUUUGGGUUGCAUCUAUUUCAUUAUUCAUGGAGUUGCUGGGUUUCUCUACUCAGAAAUGGGUAACAGCUGGAGGUCUUGGUACUGUAUUGCUUACGCUUGCAGGCCGUGAGAUAUUUACAAAUUUUCUUUCAAGUGUAAUGAUCCAUGCAACAAGACCAUUUGUACUAAGUGAAUGGAUUCAAACAAAAAUUGACGGGUAUGAAGUGUCCGGUACAGUUGAGCACGUGGGGUGGUGGUCCCCGACAAUCAUAAGAGGUGACGAUCGUGAGGCUAUUCACAUCCCAAACCAUAAAUUCACGGUGAACGUGGUGAGAAAUCUGACCCAAAAAACACAUUGGCGUGUCAAGACUCACCUUGCCAUCAGUCACUUGGAUGUCAAUAAAAUCAACAACAUUGUGGCUGAUAUGCGCAAGGUUUUGGCGAAAAAUCCUCAAGUAGAGCAGCAAAAGCUACAUAGGCGUGUGUUCCUGGACAAUGUUGACCCUGAAAAUCAGGCUCUUAGGAUUAUGAUUUCUUGCUUUGUGAAAACACCACGUUUUGAAGAAUAUCUUGGUGUGAAGGAAGCUAUUUUGUUGGAUCUCCUUAGAGUAAUCAGCCAUCACCGUGCACGUCUUGCCACACCUCUUCGUACAGUCCAGAGAAUCUACCGUGAUGCCGCCGAUAUUGAUAAUGUUCCAUUUUCUGAUAUAUUCACUCAUGACCGAGCAGCUGCUAACCGUCCAUACCUACUGAUAGAGCCUUCUUAUAAGAUCAAUGGUGAGGAAAAAAGUAAACCUUCAUCUCGACAGGCUAACCCUGAAGAAAAAGACAGUAAGCCUGUAACUCAGGUAACAUCAGAGCCGACCCCAGAUCCCAACCCAAAGCCGACUCCUGAAGUUAAAACCUCACAUGUAGGACCCACUGCCUCCACUCGAUCCCCUCAGGGAGAGCCAUCAUCAUCAUCAUCACCAUCUUCAUCAUCGAGUGCUAAUACAAGGUCAGCAUUGGAAGAUAACAUUGUACUAGGGGUGGCUCUAGAGGGUUCAAAACGGGUGCUACCCAUUGAGGAUGAAAUGGGACCAGCAUCCUCUCCUACCCUCUCGGAGCCCAAGGAACUGGCUAGCCGUUUAAAUGGAGGUGGUGGUGGACACACCACGACAAUUGGCAAAGACCAGAAAGAUGAUCAGACAUCUUUAGGGUCAGGGACUACGAGUGAACAAAGAGAACAAGAAAAGAGGUAAGUUUAUAUUAUUGGUAAAGGUUAUAUUGUCGUUUAGAGAUGUGACAAGCUGUUUUUUAGUAAGCUUGCAUCAUUACGAUGUAUUCAUCUCACAAAAUGAUGCAUUAAUAUCACAAAAUUUCAUAGUUUGUAUAUCA